AUGGCAACUCUGUUGGACCUUCCACCAGAAAUAAUUCUCAUGAUAGCCGAAUACCUACAAAUAGACUCGAAGCAGACACCAUUGCUCUUCUAUGAACAUGGAGAGGCCUAUGAGAGUUUGAUGGCGCGCAAUCCUCCAUCGAGCAUCAGAAACCUCCAUUCUUUCCUCCUCGCCACCAAGAGUCUGAAUAGUCCAUUAUUGCUGGAAAUUUUCUAUCGCGAUAUAUUCGUCCCUGGCAGCAAAGGCCAUGGCGCAAAUUCUUCACUGCGAAGUCUAAACCGGAGUCUUGAGGAAAAGCCGAGUCUCCAGGAACACAUCAUUUCAGCAAUCAUUCCUUUUGAAGAUGAUACUGAUAUCCGUCAUUUCUUUUCAUUCACCAACAUCCGAGAAAUUACAAUCAGAGAGAUGUAUAACUGCGAUUGGAGUCUUUUCAAGUCCGCAGACGAUUCCCAUAUUGGCACUUCACCCGUCGAAUGUCUGAGGUUGAUCAAUUGCGAGGCGACCGAGGAGACUCUAACCGACAUAUUCAGUCGACCGGCAGCAUUGAAAAAGCUACACUACGACGUUGAACAAGCCGGAUGGGAGUGCGGGUGUGGAGAGUGUGGAAUCCAACCCUGGUCAUGUGCUGCUUUUGUGCGCGCACUGAUAUCGCAAAAAGCUUCGUUGGAAGAAUUGACGAUGACGCGAGGCCCGCUUGUGCAUGGAGGAUUGGGGAAUGGUCCUCGCAUCAAUCUGAGUGAAUUUCCGAAUCUUCGGACGCUACGCAUCUACCAUGUCUUUCUCUGCGGGUGGGAUGAUCGGUGUGUCUGGGAAACAUUACCUCCCAAUCUGGAGGUUCUGGAGGUUUAUUACGACGAUUUAAAACUCCCUCAUUACUUAUUCUGGGCCCAGGAGCUACCAGACGACUCAUAUAUCCUUGAUGUGAUCCGUCAUAAAAAGUCGCAUUUUCCAAAUUUGAACACUAUGAACCUUCACUCGUCUGAAGGAGUCCCUGAGCCGGAGGAUGAUCGGGAGUGGUCCGAUGGGUGGUUGAGGGUGCCACCUUUGCUUGCGCACGAAGCGGACUCCGCUGGCGUGAAGCUGAAUGUAUGGCUGGGUAGUCGCGAGCGUCUGGUCUUUGAUGAGGAAGUUAACCUCUAUCAAUCACUGAAAUCCAGUCAGAGCAAAUGUCCUAUGCAACCAAGCAACAAAGUUGCAGCUCAACGUACCUAUAUAUCAGAUUGGAUUCUUUCCUAG